UUAAUGCAAUCUUUGCCGACAUUCUGGACUUUCACACUGGAAGGUAACUGUAUUCUCUUCCACCUCUUCUCUCUUUGUAUUUUCCUUGUUUUGGAUAGUUUAUUUGGAUCCUUAGGAGUUGAAUGCAUCCACCAAAUGGUCCUUGUAAAGGUUUGGUUAAUUUGAGAUUGGUUUGGUAUCCGAAUCUAUCCAUAAAGUGUAGAGUGGGAAUCUUGUUCGGUGAAGAAUAGUGAUAUACCGGUCAAAUGGCGCUCAAGGUGUCGGCUCAGAGGGCGGCUGAGAUUGCAGUUGGGUCUAUUGGGUGUGGAUAUAAUCUAGCUCUUGAUUUGAAGUUGAAAUAUUGUUAUGAAGAUGGAAAGGAUUCACCCUUGAUAAAGUUUGAAGAUGUCGGGUCUUAUGAUGUAGCUUUGCCUGGUGGAGUCUCCAUCCGGAAUGUAUCCAAGUUGAUCAAAUGUAAUCAAGGCAAGGAGGGCAUGAGGAACAAGUCUGAUGUUGUUUCUUUUCAGCAGAUGUCGGAACAGUUCAACCAUGCAUUGUCUCUGAGUGGCAAAAUUCCUUCUGGUUUAUUCAAUGCCAUGUUCGACUUCUCCGGCUGUUGGUACAAAGAUGCAGUCGGCACUAAGACCCUAGCUUUCGAUGGGAUAUUCGUCACACUUUAUACGGCUUCACUGGAGAAAUCGCAAAUGAUACUGCGUGAUCAUGUUAGGCAAGCUGUUCCAUCAUCAUGGGAACCUGCUGCCUUAGCAAGAUUCAUCAGGACAUUUGGAACUCAUAUUGUAGUUGGUGUGGAGAUGGGUGGAAAGGAUGUAAUAUAUGUAAAACAGCAGCACUCAUCGAUUGUUCAGCCAGACGAUGUAUAUCUAAAAUUAAAGAAGUUGGCUGAUGAGAAGUUUUCAAAGAACAACGUAAAAAGUUGGAUCGAGUCGGAACAAGUGAAGCUAAAAAAUCAGGAUAUCUCUGUAAUUUACAAAAGGAGAGGUGGGAAAGAGGAAAUGAACUUAUCUCAUACUGAGUGGCUACACACUGUUCAGGUUCAGCCCGAGGUGGUCUCCAUGUCCUUCAUUCCAAUUACUUCUUUGUUAAGUGGAGUUCCGAUGAGCGGAUUUUUGAACCAUGCCAUAGAUCUCUACUUACGAUAUAAACCGCCGCUCGAAGAGCUACAUUUGUUUCUGGAAUUUCAGCUACCAAGGCAGUGGGCACCAGUUUUCAAAGAGUUCCCCCGUGGUUCGCAACAGAAGCGACAGAGCAAUUCGUUCCUACAGUUCAAGUUAUGGGGUCCCAAGCUUUAUGUUAACACCAUUCCAGUUGAUGUCGGUAAGAGACCAGUUACAGGUCUUCGGCUGUAUCUCGAGGGUAAACGAAGCAAUCGGUUGGCCAUCUACAUGCAGCACCUUUCUUCUCUACCGACGUACUUUCAACUCGUCGAUGAACCCGUCGAUACAUUUCCUCAUCAAGAGUCCUAUGAUAAAAGAUACUUUGAAAAAGUCCGGUGGAAGAACUUCUCUCGAGUUUGUACGUCUCCCGUGGAGGCUGACAACGAUCAUUCCAUAGUAACCGGAGCUCACCUACAGGUAGAGAAAUAUGGAUUCAAAAGCAUCCUCUUUUUACGACUACAUAUCUCUACUGUUUUGGGAGCGGUAAUCAUGAGGCAUUCAGAGUGGGACGGAUCGUUCGGAUUCGCACCUCAGUCCGGAGUCCUAUCUGAUCUUUUGAGCAAGUCUUUGACGCCACCUCCACCACAAUCUAAGCCACCACAUACAACAAGAUCUACAGUAUACCCCGGUGGGCCCCCGAUGCCGAAUUACACUCCGAAGCUAUUGAAAUUCGUGGAUACGUCCGAGAUGAAGAAAGGGCCACAUGAUCCUCCUGGGUACUGGGUUGUUUCCGGGGCAAGACUGGUUGUUGAGAAAGGCAAGAUCGCUCUACGGGUAAAGUAUUCCUUACUAACUGCCGUGCUAACCGACGAGAUACCCGACGAGCAUUAGCACAUUUUAUUUGGUUUUUGGUUAAAU